AUGACCAUGAUCAAGCAUGUUGAAUCAGUUCAAGCACAGCUCGACAUCCUGAUGGAAAACCUGCGGCUCUGUCGAGGCGACAACUUGGGCUCACGAGAGGUCAUCCCUGGCCUGAUGAUUCGUCUCCACCAGGACCAGGAGUGUUACGAUUUUCUGAAGUGGUGGGCUACGACCGGCCAGAAAGACGACUAUGAUUGGGGUGAUGAUACACUGCCGUACCUUGACAUCGAGAAUGCCAAUCCCCUUGAGCCAGUCAAUGUUUCUGUGACCCUAGUCAAGGUCAAAGUGCUUCAAGUGCUACUCACAAGCAUGAGAUAUCCUAAUGGAAGUGCUGCCCACCUGCUAGGACUCGGGCUCAAACCGUCGACUAUAGCCAAAAACCCCAAUAUUGCCAACUGUGACGAUAAGCAGCUCAAACCAAAGGCCCAAAUCGCGCUUUGUGAGCACUUGCAGGCCAAACACAUGAUGUAUUCAAUUGGGAGCGUGCAACACAUGCAAGCGACCUUGAAUUUGACCUAUGAAGCAUGGCACGAGGCGCUCGGGGCCGUUGGUGUUAUUGAGAUGGCUAUCGAGGGUGAUCUUUGA